GCGGACCACACCGCACCGGACCGGACCGGACCGCACCGGACCGGACCGGACCGGACCGGACCGGACCGGCCAUGGCCGGCGCUCCGCCCCCCCAGAAACGGUUCUACCGGCAGCGGGCGCACUCCAACCCCAUGGCGGACCACACGCUGCGCUACCCAGUGCGGCCUGAGGACAUGGAUUGGUCUGAGCUGUUCCCCGCUUUCUGCCCUCCACUGACAAAGCAGGAGGAGGAGGGGCGGCCCCCUGCCCGCGUGGAAUUCGCAGACAUCGGCUGUGGCUACGGAGGCCUCUUAGUGGAACUGUCUCCCCUGUUCCCAUCCACACUGAUGCUGGGGCUGGAGAUCAGGGUGAAGGUCUCGGACUACGUCCAGGACCGCAUUCGGGCCCUGCGGGCAGCCUCCGAGGGCGGAUACCAGAACAUCGCCUGUCUGCGCAGCAACGCUAUGAAGCACCUCCCCAACUUCUUCCGAAAAGGACAGCUGACGAAGAUGUUCUUCCUGUUCCCGGACCCUCACUUCAAGCGGACGAAACACAAGUGGCGGAUCAUCAGCCCCACACUGCUGGCAGAGUACGCCUACGUGCUGGCCCUCGGGGCGGGGGGAUCGUCUCGGACAGGGGCUGGUGUACACGGUCACGGACGUGGCGGACUUGCAUUCCUGGAUCUGUACUCACUUUGAGGAACACCCGCUGUUUGAGCGUGUGCCCCUGGAAAUGCUGAGCGACGACCCCAUCGUGAAGAGGCUUGACACCUCGACAGAGGAGGGGAAGAAGGUCGGGCGCACCGGAGGCCAGACGUUUCCAGCCGUGUUCCGGAGGGUCGGGCAGUCCCCGGCCAAAAAGUGACCCUUCACCACCUCCACCAGAGCCUGGACACUCAUCUCCACACCCGGGCUCUGGGAUGGACGCCCCACACCAUGUUGGACGCUGACCUCCCAUUCCACCGAACUAGAGCCGAACACUGACCGGUCCACGGACCUGGGGUCAGCCUCUACCAGCUGCCCCGGCCUCCCCACGGUGAAAACUGCCUCCUUCUGAGCCUGGACAGAGGCCUCCGCUCCCCCGGCAGCUGAGGCAGCUGGGAGACCACCAACUCCCGGGGGAGCAUUGGGACACUCACCCGCGCCCCCCGGAUCCUGGGCUUCCAGCAGAUCGUUCCAUCUUGGUGGCCGGGAGCCACGGCGCCGUCUGCAGUGGAUUAAAACUGUUCCUUCUUCCC